CUCCCCGGCUCCCCCCACGCGCCGCCGCUGUCGACCUUCGCGUCUCCUCUCGUUCUAGUUCCCGCCAUGGCGCCCAGGAAGUUCUUCGUGGGGGGCAACUGGAAGAUGAACGGCGACAAGAAGAGCCUGGGCGAGCUCAUCCAGACGCUGAACGGUGCCAAGCUGUCGGGUGACACCGAGGUAGUUUGUGGCGCUCCCUCCAUCUACCUUGACUUUGCCCGCCAGAAACUUGAUACAAAGAUUGGUGUUGCAGCACAGAACUGUUACAAGGUACCAAAGGGUGCUUUCACAGGGGAGAUCAGCCCAGCAAUGAUCAAAGAUAUUGGAGCCACCUGGGUGAUCCUGGGCCACUCGGAGCGAAGGCAUGUUUUUGGAGAGUCUGAUGAGUUGAUUGGGCAGAAGGUGGCUCAUGCUCUGGCUGAGGGCCUUGGAGUCAUUGCCUGCAUUGGAGAGAAGCUGGAUGAGAGAGAAGCUGGCAUAACUGAGAAGGUGGUUUUUGAACAGACUAAGGCCAUUGCCGACAACGUGAAGGACUGGAGUAAAGUCGUUCUGGCCUAUGAGCCAGUUUGGGCUAUUGGAACUGGUAAAACUGCGACUCCCCAACAGGCUCAGGAGGUUCAUGAGAAGCUGAGGGGAUGGCUGAAAAGCCACGUGUCUGAUGCUGUUGCUCAAUCCACUAGGAUCAUCUAUGGAGGUUCAGUCACUGGCAGCAACUGUAAGGAGCUGGCUUCUCAGCAUGAUGUGGAUGGCUUCCUCGUUGGUGGAGCUUCUCUCAAGCCAGAGUUUGUGGAUAUUAUCAAUGCCAAACACUGAAGCAGCCUGUGAGGAGCAGUCCCUUGUGGUUCAGAGCAAGAAAUGGAAGCAAGAAGGGACCUUUCUUUGCACGCAUCUCUGUACAGAGGCCUCCUCCAAGGCCUUCCCCCUCCACGGUUAUUGUCCUAGCUGUGCUGCUACCCCCCACCACUGCACCGGAGUCCUGUUAGUGGGAGCCUGUCUCAGCAGAGUCUUGACAGCCUCCUUCCCAAGGUGGCAAAAUCCUUGGCUGGCUGCCUGCUGACCUGUAAGAGCCCACAGUGGACCUGGCCAGUGCCUCCCCCUUUCCCUGCUUGGAGAGGGGGCAGCUAGUGCUGGGGGAAGGAAAAAUGAAUUGGUAUCUUGCAUCCUUCAGCUCCAUCAGCAAGGAGCCUGUCAGCUUAGACCCUUGUAAGAUGUCUGACCUCACCUGUGUCCCAUACUGAACAAUAAAUGAAAAACAAAAUGCAAA